AUGGUUAAAGUGAUAUUAUCAGAUGCAAAAUCAGCAGGCUCCUAAAAUUUAACAAUUGGAUUGGUUUAAAACAUCUAUAGACCCAUGAUUUGUAAAGACUUUGAUUUAGAGAAUCCUUUCAAUAUGUAUUUGAAAGUUUUUUCAAUACAUACUAAAUGA